AUUUGACGCCCCUUGAACUGGGGUCGAAUGACGGCACCGAACGGUCGUAGCCAGCCAUUAGCUCAACACCGACACACUACGUACAGCGGUUGCCGUUUACGCGAUGUAACGUCAGCAAACGAACGACACUACACCGCCACCGCUACACAAAUGACAUGAAAGGAAAGCACAAUGGGAAGCUUCCGGGUUUGUUUGCAACGGAUACGACGCAAAAUGAAACUGGACCUGCUGAGAGAUAUGGGCCGACAGUACCCCGUGUUCUGCUUCCUACUUCUAGUCCUGCUUCUGUCCACGGUGCUGUUAAACAGGUACAUUCACAUCAUGAUGGUGGUCUGGUCCUUUCUGGCCGGUGUGGUGACGUUCUAUUGCUCCCUUGGACCAGAGUCUCUGUUGCCAAACAUCCUGGUCAACAUAAAGCCAAAGAUCAAGUCCUACCAACAGGAGUUGUUUCCGCUAGGCCACAGUUGUGCUGUUUGUGGAAAGAUCAGGUGCAAAAGACACAGACCUACUCUACUACUGGAAAACUACCAACCAUGGCUUGACCUGAAAGUUUCCUCUAAAGUGGAUGCUUCCCUUUCAGAGAUUCUGGAGCUAGUUCUUGAAAACUUUGUGUAUCCCUGGUAUAGAGAUGUCACAGACGAUGAGGCAUUUGUCGAUGAGCUGAGGGUGACUUUACGCUUCUUUGCUGCGGUGUUGGUCCGCCGUAUCCAGAAGGUUGACGUGGCGUCCCUCAUCACGCGAAAACUUCUGAAAGCCUCCAUGAAGCACAUUGAAAUAAUUGCUAAAGCUCGACAGCGAGUGAAGAGUGCGGCGUUUCUUCAACAAGCUGCCCUGGAAGAGUAUGGUCCCGACCUUCACGUAGCCCUCCGCAGUCGCAGAGAUGAGCUUCUCUAUCUUAGAAAAUUGACCGAGAUGCUUUUUCCUUAUAUCUUGCCACCGAAAGCUACUGAUUGCAGAUCUCUCACUUUGCUGAUAAGAGAAGUCCUGGCUGGUUCUGUCUUUCUCCCUUCAAUGGACUUCUUGGCCGAUCCUGAUACGGUGAAUCAUUUGCUUUUGAUCUUUAUCGACAAUUCUCCGCCCGAAGAAGCUACAGAGCCAACCUCAAUGCUGGUACCUUUUCUUCAAAAAUACUCUGAUCCCCGUAGCAGAAAGCCUUCAGUUCUAAAGCUGGAAUUAAAAGAAAUAAGAGAGCAGCAAGACCUACUCUUCCGCUUCAUGAACUUUUUGAAGCAAGAGGGAGCCGUCCACGUGCUCCAGUUUUGCCUUGCGGUGGAGGAGUUCAACGACAGGAUACUUUGCCCGGAGCUGCCCGACUCUGAGAAAAUGAUGCUUCACGAGGAGGUGAAGAAGAUCUACGAGACCUACUGUCUAGACGAGAGUGUCGACAAGAUCCGCUUCGACCCCUUCAUUGUGGAGGAAAUAAGAAACAUUGCUGAGGGCCCUUAUGAGGAAGUGGUGAAGCUUCAGACCAUGAGAUGCUUGUUCGAAGCGUACGAGCAUGUCCUCUCCCUCCUGGAGAACGUUUUCACGCCCAUGUUCUGCCACAGUGAUGAAUACUUUCGCCAACUUCUGAGGGGGGCCGAGUCCCCUGCCCGGAAUUCUAAAAUGAGCAGUUCCUGGGACUGGAGCCCCGAGUCCCCCUCCUCACAGUUCACCGCCUCUGGCAGUUCUUCACCCGCAUCUUUUAACUCCCUCCAUACGCAGCCCACGUUAACAACUUUUCCAUAUGGCUCGCUAUCCCACCGCCACUCCUUAUCACCCAAGAGCACGUCAAAGAGAGGCGAGUCUUUCGGGAUCAGCCGCAUUGGCAGCAAGAUCAAGGGGGUUUUCAAGAGCACGACCCUGGAGGGAGCCAUGCUGCCAGCCUACGGACUGGUGGAGGGGGAGGACGAUCUGGUGGAGGAAGCCAUGAUGGUACUGGAGGAUGACUCCCCGAUAGAAGCGGCCUCAACUCCCAGCACCCCACGGAAUCUGUCUGCCUGGAACAUCACCAUCCCUUACAUUGAUUUCUACGAUGACGACGUGAAAAGGGAGAGGAUUCCGGUGUUUUGCAUUGACGUGGAGCGGAAUGACCGCAAAGCAGUGGGACACGAGACCGAGCAUUGGUCUGUAUACAGAAGAUAUCUGGAGUUUUACGUUCUUGAGUCAAAGCUAACCGAAUUUCACGGUUCCUUUCCUGAUGCGCAGUUGCCUUCCAAGAGGAUCAUUGGCCCCAAAAAUUAUGAGUUCCUGUCAUCCAAGAGAGAGGAGUUUCAGGAGUACCUUCAGAAACUCCUGCAGCACCCCGAGCUAAGCAACAGCCAACUUCUUGCCGACUUCCUGUCUCCUCACAGUAUGGAGUCUCAAUUCCUGGACAAGAUGUUGCCUGAUGUCAACCUCGGAAAAAUCAUUAAGUCCGUCCCCAGCAAACUGAUAAAAGAGAAAGGACAGCAUCUCGAGCCCUUCAUCCAGUCCUACUUUAACUCUUGUGAGUCACCUAAACCCAAGCCGAGUCGUCCCGAGCUCACCAUCCUUAGCCCCACUUCAGAGAAUGAUAAAAAGCUCUUCAACGAUCUCUUCAAAAACAAUGCCAACCGGUCCGAAAUGGCAGAAAAGAGGCACAACCAAAACUACUUCAUGGAAAUCCUUACCGUGGAGGGGGUGUAUGACUAUUUAAUGUAUGUGGGCCGAGUUGUCUUCCACAUUCCUGACUGGUUGCACCACCUGAUGAUGGGUGGAAGGAUCCUGUUUAAGAACACGUUGGAGGCGUACACUGAUUGCUACCUUCAACAAAAACUCAAUCAGAUGGUGGAAGAGCACCGCCUUGUCUCCCUCAUCACCCUUUUGAGAGAUGCUGUUUUCUGUGAGAGCAGUCCCCCUCGCUCGGCUCAAGAUAAGCAGAGGAGAGCAAAAAGGACGUUUGGAGAGAUGAUGAGAUACAUUCCCGACCUUCUGGGGAAAUGUAUUGGCGAAGAGGCCAAGUACGAAGGCGUAUGUCUCCUCUUUGAUGGGCUGCAGCAGCCAGUUGUCAACAAGCAGCUUACCUAUGUUCUGUUGGAUAUUGCUGUUCAAGAACUCUUCCCAGAACUGAACAAGCAGGUGCAUAAAGACUCUUCAAUCAGUGCUCCUUGGAUGUGAAUUGGUAAAACUGACAGAAACCUAACAAUUUCAAUGCACAUUAAUUGCACUUUUAUGGCUCCAGAAACAUUUGUUGUUGUUGUUUCUACAACUGUGAAAUAUCUGUAACAUUAAUAUUUAAAAUAAAAAAAAUAACAACAUUGCACUGACAAUUCGGAGCUGUUCAAUGAUUAUUCUCUUAUAUAAUCGAUAAACCCCUAACCUUGCUAGCAUUAUUAUUAAUGUAUAAUAAUCUAGUUGUCAUUUUCUCGGAUUUGCGCAACAAUUUGUGUUGAAAAUGCCCAGAAUGUGCCUUUGAAGCUAUUUUAGUUGGUCAUUGUUGCUUAUCUGUGCAAAUCUUUUUAAUUAGCAUGUGGCAGCUAACCGGUUCAAAUAUUUAUUGUUCACUCUUUUCUGCGAUUGGCUGUUGGUGGAUUGGAGUGCCAGUCAGUGAAGGUUAUCAGCAGGGGUUAAUUUGUGCCGGAUCCUGCCGGAACAGGAUCCAGCACCUCUUGAUUUUGGCCUCCCUGUGUUCUGGGACUUUGGAAAUUUCAAACGGUAUUUCAACAUGCUAAAAAGACGUUGCAUUUACUGUCUUUUUUUCAAAAAGAAGGAAGAUGUUUCAAAACGAGUCAGAAAAGCAACAACCGGCUAUGAGGGCAACUGCAGCAAUCAUGCUAAUGGGUGCAGGAGGAGGCCAGCGCCGCAGCAGCUAGCCAGGUUCUGGGACAGCCAGCCAAGCCGGGGCAGGAGGCUGCUACCGUGGCAGCAACUGGUCAGGUUCAGUGCCAACCAAAGUUGGGGCCAGCUACAGCGCUUGCAGUCAGCCAGGUGGACCACCAACAGCCGGAGCAACAGGCCAGUACCCUGGCAUCAGCUAGCCUGGUAGACCAGUCGGAGCAAAAGGCGGGUACCACGACAUCAGCUCACUUAAAAGAAGAUUCAGAAGGAGAGAAGAGGCGGGCAAGCGAGGUGGACCCAAUUGCUGGGAAAUUCGGGGAGGCAAGGCAGGGCAGUUGGUGAUCAGUGUUGUUAAUAACGGCGUUAGACUAUAAUGUUAUAGCGUUUUUUUCUUCAGUAGUGAGUAAUAUAAUUAAUGAAUUUUCUCAUCUUGGCAACGCCGUUACCAUUACUGAGGCGGAAAAGGCGCGCGUUACGAUGUUGUUUGACUGCCGCGAAAAAGUCUGGAAAAAGACUCACGGAGACGAAAGCAGAGCAGGAGUGGGGAGGAGGCAAGGGAGUGUGACACCGUUGCAAACGCGAUGCUACUAUGCUAGGUGGCUCCAAUAAAACUUCGCCCACAUGAUGCUUCGGUAGAUAUCACAUAUAUACAGAACUAGAUGCAAAUGACAGACACGGCAGCAUUAGCAACAUAUGUAAAGAACUAGAUGCGUUAGUAAACAGCCGCCAUCUUAAAGCAGUAGACUUCUCAUGAAGGCUCUGUUGAAGAGAACCUUUCUAGCGAACCUAAGUCACUUUUUAUCUAAAAUGCUCCUAAAUCGGCAAAACUUAAAUCCAUCUUUAAAUGAUGAAACAGUUUUAAAACUUACACGUGGAAAAUAGACUGAAGGGAACUAAUGCAAUAAUGGGAGCAAUUUUAACUACUUUAACGAUUGAUUCACAACAUUAAAUGACUUCCACACAUAGCAAAGGUUAUUAUCUAGUUAUUAUUAUUUAGUUAUCGCAAUAUCUGCAAUACCCGUUGUCCCAAAAACCCUUUAAACUUCAGCUUGUGUGACCAGUUUUUUUUUUUUUUUUUUUAAAGAAAA